AUGUCUCAACACCGCGAUUCGGGAUCGUCGCAAGGUCUCCUGACAGUCCGACCCCAAGAGACGUCUAGCGGAGGCGCAGGCCUCGCUGUCAUUAGGGGGAGGGCAGUCGAGGACCUUCAGCUUAGACCUGCACGACCUGGAGCUCUAUCUGCUCGCUCUGGUCUUGCUACUGCUACACCACCUGGGACCUAUCAAAGGUUUAUGCUGGAGCAUCUUGCAAAGACUUUUGGCGAUGAACAUUUGUCGUCCGCGGGACCUAGCAAUGCUGAAUUUUACUCCACAGGCGGUCAGUUCGCUGACUUCAGCCGCGAGCGCAAGAACAGCACGGCAGAUACAGUUCUUGGAGAUAUCGACGCAAGACUACGCCAGCCGGGCCUGAUCCACGAGAUUGAGAUAGACGACGAGGCGGAAUCUCUCAACUUUGAGCAGCUGGGAGAGGCUGAACCAAAAGAAAAGCCCGAGCCAUCGCAGAGAGAGGUUGUCGACCUCAGCUGUGUCAGAAACGAUUUGACGGCACUGGUGACGAAACAUGGGUGUAACACAUCCUUCUUCUCCUCAUGCACCGGAAAAUUCCUCUCCGACGUUCGUCUCUGGCGCUACAUGGACCAGCCCAAGGUGAGGGCUAUUCUCGAUCAGUGUGGCCUGGAGGGAGUCUCGGACGAUGAAAAGGACUGGUUGGCCUCCAAGAUCUGCAGCAAGCCGCGGUCAAAGACGGAUAUCGGAUUCAUAUCGUACCGCAAGAUCCUCGCACUCCUGAUUCGCAUUCAGAAACAGGGUCAGAUCAGACGGUUCGUGGAUGAAGAGUUGCAUGAUGGUCUACUUCCUUUGAAGCAGGUCGACGGUCCUGGUGGGUGUGUUCAGCUUGUUCUUGAUGAGAGGAGUGGCCCUCACCCAUGCUUUGCGGACUGGGAUCAUGAGCAUAUCGAGGACUUUGCGUGGAAGCAAUGGGAGAUGUGCGCGCCCUUCUUCAAGACUGAAAACGACGAUCUUCGACAUUAUAUCUUUCCCGGAGGUAUCGCUAUUCCACUUAUCCCAGCUGGCGAGGGGCAAGUCGAGGGUGCAGGAGGACAUGUCGCCAAGGUUCAACUGCCUGAAACGCACGGAAACCUCAGAACCCGCCAGACUGGCGAGAGAAAGCAACUUUUUGCUGUAAAGAAACUCAAGAGCUCCGACCGCGGCGCCUUUGAGGCCGAAGCUCACGCCUUGGGCCGUCUCAACAAGAUCAGAAAGCAGCACGAACAAGAGACGAACGAGAACACGAAGCACAUUUCCAUGAUAGCGGCGACGUUUGAGAUUGAGUCUGGAAACAUAUUGCACUUUUAUCUCGUCUUUCCCUGCGCCGAUGGAAAUCUCCGCGAAUUCUGGAACAUGCACUCGACGGCACAAGACCCAGAACACGUCUAUGGCCUCUCCCGUUGGAUGGCAGAGCAGAUCCACGGUCUCGCGAGCGCUCUGAACAUUCUUCACGAGUUCUACGCCCACAGAGCCGAGGAUGACGAUGACCCCCGAAACCACGGUAUCCACGGUGACAUCAAGCCCGAAAACAUCCUCCGCUUCACAAACUGGGACGGCGACCCAGGAAAGCACGGCGUCCUCCAACUCGCAGACUUUGGCUUAACAAAGUACCACCACACGGCGACAGUCAACCACGUUGACCCGCACAUGCGGUUCCACCCCUACUGCGCACCCGAGGUGCAGGCUAACUGGCGGACGAACCAGUCGCUCGACACGUGGGCCUUGGGCUGCUUGUUCUUUGAGUUUUGUCUGUGGGUGGUUUUUGGGAAUGAGGGGCUUAGGGGGUUUGAUGAAUCGCGGACAGUGGUUAAUUCUGACGGUAGUAUGACAGUUGGCAUGCUGUAUGAGAUUCAUGGGUAUGGGACCUCGGGGUGUUGGCCAUUUCCUCGGGUUAACAAGAAGAUUACCAUUCAUGAGGGUGUAGUUCAAUGGGCAAAGAAGAUACAUGGAUUACCUUGGGUUCCCAAGUUCAUCCACGAUCUCGUCGACAUAGUCGUUACCGACAUCCUCGUCCCCCGCAACGACUCCGGCGAACAUCCCACUUCACCCAACGACGGAAGGGGAUCAUCGCAGUCAUCUUCUCCUCGAAGUGCAACUUCCCAAGAGUCCCGAACUUAUCUACCCAUGAGGCGAAACACCACGGUGCGCUCCGAGCCAUCGCGAGUGCCUCCCCCAAGAAAGAGGUUCUGGUCUACGGAUUUGCCCAAGAAGCGAAUCAGUAUGUCGGAGCUCUGCAAUAAACUUGAGGGCAUGGUUGAUCAGGAUGAGGAGUAUUUUACUCGGGGGUUCAGCUACGACAUGGCGACUUUUAAAACGGCCAGGCCUUUUAGGUAUGUGAGACAAAAGGGGAAGCGUCCUCCCCUCGGCGUCAAGGUGUAA